AUGUCUCUAGAGCCUAGACUGGCCAUUUUCACCAACGAGACCGAAAACCCGGUCGAAAUCUUCAACUCUGGUCUCGUGCCUCCCUCAACCGAAGGAUGGCGCAUCAUAGGAUCCGGCAUAGUUCUCUUGUUCCUCACUGCGCUAUGGACGUAUAUGCGAUACUGGAGUCGCAAGGAAAUAGGAAGGCCCUUCAUGUUGGAAGAUGGGUUGAAUCUUGCCGCUGUCAUCAUAUUCUAUGGCCUGGUUGCCAAUAACUUUGUGAUGGUCCUCGUUGGUGGUAUGGGGCAUCACAUGUAUGAACUCCAACCCUGGCAUGUAGUUCGUCUUUCCAAAGCUACAUACGCGUGUCAACUCCUUUACGCAGCGUCAAUGGGCUUGGUGAAGAUCAGCAUCAUCAGAAUGUUCAUGCGUAUCUUUUUCGUUCGCCGGUUUCAAAUUGCAGGCGUCAUUGUUAUGGGAUUUUCGAUCGCCUGGAUGAUCCUGACAAUGCUCAUCGGUAUCCUGAUUUGCCAGCCGAUACAGAUGAACUGGGAUCCAGCAACACCGGGUGGUAGAUGCGGCGACCAAGUGGCGGCAUUUUCGUCAGUUGGCAUCAUUGAUGUGAUCAACGAGUUCAGCAUGCUCCUUCUCCCGAUUCCCAUGAUAUGGAAAAUACAUGUUCAUCGACGAUACAAGGUCCUCAUUGGGUGUAUGUUCGGGGCUGGUAUCCUCACCAUGAUUUUCGGAGCAGUACGCCUCUACGAAGUUCUUCAGGUAGAGUUUACAGAUACCGCAUACACUGCCGUCAAUGUGACCACCUAUAGUGCGGUUGAGUGCGGCGUAGCUAUCAUCGUUUCGAGCAGUCCGCUACUUAAACCAGUCUCGGAUAAGAUGUUUGGAAGGUUUCUGGCGAAGACGGAAAAAUUAAACCAGGGCCCCGACUGGAAAGAAAAGGAAACGAGAUGAAGAUGCCUGCCUGGCGCGGGAGCAGCCCCCAACACCCCAUAUAUCUAUCUGGAUUCACAGAGAUGAACG